AUGGCCCCCGAACUGAGAAAAAGAACCAGAUCCGUCACUGGCAAGGAGCCUGUGGCGAAGAAGGCGGCCAAGGUCGAAAAGGUUGAAAAGGUUGAGCCUGCGACCGAAAAGGCGCCCAAGAAGGUGACCAAGAAGGCCACCAAGGAGGAGAAGGUCGAGAAAGCUCCCAAGCGCAAAGCUCCCGAGGAGGCGCAAGCUUCUCCCGUCGCGGCGAAGAAGCAGAAGCCCGUCAAGGCGAACGCGAAGUCGAAGAAGUCUGCCGCCCCCGCGCCCGCCGAGCCCGUCGAGGAGGAAGAGAAGGAGAAGGAGGCUGAGCCCGAAGCCACCGAGGAUGCCGAGACCUCUGUCGUAGCGUUCGAGGAGGAGGAUGACGAUGAGGAGGUCGACGCUGACAUUGCCGCCCUCGCCGCCGGCCUGGACCCGGAGGACGCGCCAGCCGGCGACGGCACCGUCUUCAAGUCGGGCCAGGACGUGGGCAAGGUGCCCAAGUUCAAGAAGCAGAAGCAGUUGACAAACGGCAAAAAGGAAGAGCCCGGCGUGGUCUUCAUCUCCAGGCUGCCCCACGGCUUCUACGAGCACGAGCUCAAGGGCUACUUUUCACAGUUUGGCAACAUCACCCGCCUCCGGCUGGCGCGCAACAAGAAAUCCGGCGCGAGCAAGCACUACGCCUUUCUCGAGUUCGCCGAGGCCAGCACGGCCGAGAUCGUGGCCAAGACCAUGGACAGCUACCUGCUGUUCGGCCACAUUCUCAAGGUGAAGACGGUGCCGGCGGACCAGCUGCACGAGGACGUGUGGAAGGGCGCCAACAAGCGCUUCAAGAAGAUCCCCUGGCACAAGAUCGCCGCCGGCGAGGUGGCCAAGCAGAGGACCGAGUCCGACUGGACGCACAAGGUGUCCAAGGAGGAGAAGAAGAGGCUGGAGCGCGCCGAGAAGCUCAAGGCUAUCGGGUACGAGUUCGAGGCGCCCAAGUUGAAGGAGGCUGUUGCGCCGCCGCCUGAGCCCAUGGCUGUCGACGCGCCUGAGGAGACCAAGGCUAUCGAGGCUGCGCCGGUUGAGGAGGAGAAGAAGGAGGAGGCUGCCAAGGAGGAGGAGGGGAAGGUUGCCGAGGUUGAGACGCCCAAGUCUGCGAAGAAGGCGACGCCCAAGGGCGGCAAGAGGAGAAAGAGUCGUUGCGUCAAGAACACACAAUGGGACAUAAUUCAAUGGGUUCAAGUUACGUCAAAAAUGAACAAGUCAUUGGGGAAAAUGCGCUUGCUCUAUCCCAUGGUCGUGAACCGUGGAGGACGGACUUGCGCCAGCCGAUACAGAGGCAUUGCUUUAUACAAGAGUCACCCAAAAUUGUUUAACACUAGCAGGUCGAGCCACAGAAAGGCCACCGUUUCAUGUAUCGAUUCUGUGCUCAUAGCAAACCGUGAAAUCCAGAAUGAAAACUGCAGGUUUCUUGAUAAAAACCACGAUUGUGUUUACGAUGACAAUGUUCACGUCCUGGCUCGGCAGGAUGUGGCCACCUACCUAGUGUGGGGGACGGGGGAGCAGCACCCUAGGUUCCGCGUGCAAACUGUCGACAUCCCAAUUCCCAACCGACCGGACCCUCGUGAAAGAAGAAGAAAAAGAGCUUCCCCCGUUCCCGCGCCCACCAGCUCAGAGGGCUAUCCACACCAUCCCGAUGCAUCUGAGAAGACAACAUGUCGGCCGCCGCUCCCUCCACUGAUCCGGUUCAAAACGCAUCUUCAGGUUCGGAAGAAGAAGAGCGGCAAGAAGAAGAAGAACAACGCCAACAAGCCCAAGGAACCCAUAGACACAGACAGCGCGCCUCCUCCGUCCGAAAAUGCAGAGUAUGGCGAUGAUGAGCCGGAAACCCCGGUGCAGGCUUCCGCGCCGAUAGAAGAAUCCAGCCCCGAACAGUCAACGGGUAAAGACACAACAGCCAAUGGCCACACGGAGCGGCCGACGAGCAACGGACAUGCGAAUCCCCCGAUAGAGGCGGCCGCAGAGGAGCAGGGAACCAACCCCGAUGCCACGGCAAAGCUGGACGCCCUCACAAAGGAACGAGAGGCGCUGCGAUCAGAGGUCGAGCAAUUAAGGAAGCAGCUAGAGACCAUUCAGGGAACACACAACGAGACCGUCACCCAGCUCAAGUCGGAACUGGAGGAGACGUCGUCGGCCAAGGAACAGGCAGAAGAGAGCUACCAGGGUCUCCUCGAGCGAGUCAACCACCUCAAGUCGACGCUCGGCGAAAGACUGAAGCGCGAUCGCGCCGAGCUGGAAGAGGCCAAGGAGCGCAUCGAGGAGCUCGAGUCCCAGAACGAGGAGCUGCAGAAUGGCGCCAAGGCAUCCGAGGAAGAGGUGGCGAAGCUCCGGGAUGAGCUGCAGGACACAUCGCGCGAGGCGACAAGUCUGCGCAGCCGAAGCAAUCUGUCCCAGCAGAACUGGGUCAAGGAGCGCGAGGAGCUUAUGAGGCUGGUCGCCAACCUCAAAGAGGAAGUUGAGACGACGACGAACGCCAUGGGCGAGUGGGAGGUCAUCGCCAUGGAGGAGCGAUCCGUCAAGGAGAGCCUGGUCGAGAAGGUGACGGAGCUGGAGGAGCAGAUUGCCGGCCUCCGUGACGGCUACGAGAGCGCCGCGUCCGAGCGAGAUCAGCAAUCGCAGGUCAUUGACAACUUGCAAAAGGCCCUUCGCGAAAUCCAGGAUGCGCGGAAGAAGGAGCUGCGGGAGAUGGUUGAGACGUCAGAAGAGCAGCUGCAAGCCAUGAAGAAGCUUGUGCAAGAGGCGGACACCAGGGCUACCGAGGCCGAAUCGGCCAAGGAAACCCUCACCAAGGAGCUCGAGCGCACAGCGCCAUUCGAAAAGGAGGUCAAGGAGAAGAACCUCUUGAUUGGCAAGCUGCGGCAUGAGGCCAUUGUGCUCAAUGACCAUCUCACCAAGGCUCUCCGUUACCUGAAGAAGACGAAACCAGAGGACAACGUUGAUAGACAAGUCGUGACGAAUCAUCUCCUUCACUUCCUCACUAUCGACCGCUCCGAUCCCAAGCGCUUCCAGAUCCUGCAGGUCAUGGCCGGCUACCUCAAUUGGACGGACGAGCAGCGCGAGCAGGCGGGGCUCGCCAGGCCGGGCGCGUCGAGCAGCAUACUCCGCUUGCCGGCCUCCCCCUUCCACCGCACGCCCAGCACCCCGUCGCUGAGCGCCGAGUUCUUUUCCGAGACGCCCACCUCGGCGAACAAGGAGUCCCUCGCGGACCUGUGGGCGGGCUUCCUAGAGCGCAGCGCCGAGGAGGGCCUGGAUCAGGGCUCGUCGGCGGGGACACCGCGCGAUCGCAAGGACAGCGGGAGUAGCGCGGCGACGGGACGGGGCGGCAGCUACUACCGGAGCAUAGGGGUGUGUAAAGACCAUUAUCAUUGGGUACCUCUCCUGGGACGGGUGGACGUGUAUAUGAGGACCAUUAAAGACAAAAAAGAGUUCACCACCGGUGUGGCUACAUCUCUUGGUGCUCAUGCUGGGACUCGAACUCGGGGUACUCUCGCUAAGCCCGUCGUCGACCAGUUUGACCUGACCCGUCGACAUAGACGGGCGCCUGCUGGCUGGUGA